CCUCUCUCUCUCUCACGCCCUCUCUCGUUUUAGACAGGGCAUCAUGUAGCAGCGCAGCAAGAAAGGAGGCUGUUCCGCAGUGCCCCUGCUUCUCUCUUUGUUGUUUUUGUUUGUCUGUUUUUUAUCCCCCCGCCCCACCCCAUCCUUGUUGUAAUGACCCACCACCACUGCCAGCCUCAGGAGAGAUGCCUGUACUUGAGAUGGCAGUGAGCCCUGUCAAGUCCCUGUACUGGGAGGUGUUCCCCCCCAUGUCCUCAUGCAGGGUCUACUGCACCCCUGUGUUCCACGGUGGCCUGCUCUAUGUUCUGGGAGGAUGCAGUGAAACAGGCCUGCCUUUAGAUACUGCUGAGGUGCUGGACAUAGAGAGCCAGACAUGGACCCAGCUUCCUCCGCUCCCUACAGCCCGGGCGGGGGCGUCGGCGGUGGCCCUGGGGGGUCAGGUGAUGGUGAUGGGGGGCAUGGACCUCCAGCAGAGCCCCCUGUCCUCCGUGGAGGUCUACAACCCUGACGAGGGCAAGUGGGAGAGGAGGGCCAGCCUGGGACAGCCCUCCAUGGGCAUCACCUCUAUAGAGAAAGAUGGGAAGGUGUAUGCACUGGGAGGGAUGGCAGCUGACACUACGCCCCAGGCGCUAGUGAGGGUCUACGAGCCGGAGAAGGACCAAUGGCAGGCCUUGACCUCCAUGCCCACACCUCGCUACGGAGCCACCUCCUUCCUGAGAGGCAACAAGAUUUACGUGCUGGGUGGGCGUCAGGGAAAGCUUCCUGUCACAGCCUUCGAGGCCUUUGACCUGGAAAUGAAGAGUUGGACACAUUACCCCUGUAUCCCCAGCCGCCGGGCCUUUGCCUGCUGUGCUGCCACCGAGCGGGGCUUCUUCAGUCUAGGAGGGCUCCAGCAGCCCUGCCCCCAUAACUUCUACUCCAGACCUCACUUCGUCAGCACGGUGGAGGAGUACGACCCAGAACAGGGUAUCUGGAUCAAACCAACCCGAGCAUCCAGGAUGAGGGAUAAGAGAGCGGAUUUCUCAGCCGGAUGUCUGGGAGGAAGGGUCAUCGUUGCGGGGGGCCUAGGAAACCAGCCGUCACCCCUGUCGUCAGUGGAGAGCUACAACCUUGUGAAGCGACGUUGGGAGUAUGCUGCCCCGAUGCCCAGCCCCCGCUGCUGCUGUGCCCCACUGCAGACCCCCAACAUGCUAUUCCUCAUCGGGGGUGUGGCCCAGGGGCCCAGCAACGCCGUGGAGGCCCUCUGUCUCAGAGAGACUGUGUGACACACACACAGGCACAGAGACACACACUAACACGGCUACUACACACACUCACAAAAAAAUACACAGGAAAUGACUGUGGCGCUAUUUGUGCAUACACCAGUACAAACACAUUAUUUGUGCCCAGGUGAGGGACACACACACUCAUACAGACUCGUAUUUGACCUGGACACCUGUCACAAAGGAGUUGUUGAACAAAUAACAACCAAAAAAGCACCACACACAAUACUAAUUUGAACAUGACAGCAUUUUCAGGAUAAAAGCAGGGUACUUUUCUGGAAAUUAAAGGAAUUUAGGGCCAUAUCUAUUUCACCACAGCAUAUCUGUUUCACCACAGCAUAUCUAUUUCAUCACAGCAUAUCUGUUUCACCACAGCAUAUCUGUUUCACCACAGCAUAUCUGUUUCACCACAGCAUAUCUGUUUCACCACAGCAUAUCUGUUUCACCACAGCAUGUCUGUUUCACCACAGCAGUGUCCGGUUGCCGUGGCUUGUUUACACAAUUUCAUUUAAUCACCUUAAAAAAGUUGAGAGUUUAGGGAUACAACUUUGGAGUAUGUGAGUGUGUGUGUUUUGGUCCCUGUUGUUAACGUUAAUGUUAUUAAAAUCCCAGACUCCUGAAUACCACCUCUAGAAUUUGCCGGCCAAUACCUGCACUGUGGCACCAAAGACGCAGAGUAGAGCUCUUUGACACAAAGCCACAUUUCCCUGAAUCUUAAAGACAUGUUUUUGGAGAGAGAAAAAUAUACAUCAUAUUUUUUACAUCAGAGUUUAGCAAUGAAACUUCAGAGAAUGAAACCAUGUAAGAGUUGUUUUUAAUGGGGAAAAGCAAUAGCUCUUAACAGGAAGUCCUCCUGUACCAUAUACCAUGCUUAUUCAACCUUUGACCUUUCAAGGAACUAACAGGAAAUAGAGGGAACACCCAGGAGGGCAGUGGGAGGGGUUUUAGAGAUAGUAUUAGUGGACAGAGGGUGACGGUCACAUUAGAUUGACCUCAUAAUACUGUAUAUUUUUAGUAUGUAUUUUAUGAGGGUUUUCUUUCCUUGCGUCUCCCCUGUUGAACCCCACAUUCAUUGGAUCAUGAGCUGGCUUUGACUCUGUCUGAUUACAGCAUCUCCUGAUUCAUGACUGAUUAUCUUUAUCAACGUCUCCUGCUGGGUAGCUCUUCCAUGUGCUAAAUUACAGGUUGGUUAGGAGGGCUGCAGGGGGCUGGUUCGGAGGACUGCAGGAGGCAGGUUAGGAGGGAUGCAGAGGGCUGGUUCGGAGGACUGCAGGAGGCAGGUUAGGAGGGAUGCAGAGGGCUGGUUCAGAGGACUGCAGGAGGCAGGUUAAGAGGACUGCAGGGGCAGGUUAGGAGGACUGCAGGAGGCCGGUUAGGAGGGAUGCAGGGGCAGGUUCGGAGGACUGCAGGAGGCCGGUUAGGAGGGAUGCAGGAGGCAGGUUAGGAGGGAUGCAGGGGGCAGGUUAAGAGGACUGCAGGAGGCCGGUUAGGAGGGAUGCAGGAGGCAGG